AUGGCUGGUGGUGGAAUUGUGAAUGCUGGGUCUCUCAAAAGGGCUCAUCUUUAUGAGUACAAGAUUACUGGGUACUUCAUCUUUUCUUGCAUUGUUGGAGCUCUUGGUGGCUCUCUCUUCGGAUAUGAUCUUGGUGUUUCAGGUGGAGUUACUUCCAUGGAUGAUUUCCUGAUAGAAUUCUUCCCCCAAGUGUAUGAGAGGAAGCAUGCACAUUUGCAGGAGACAGAUUAUUGUAAAUAUGAUGAUCAAAUGUUAACACUCUUUACUUCGUCUUUGUACUUUGCGGCUCUGGUGUCCACCUUUGGUGCUUCCAGCGUAACAAAAAAUAAAGGCAGGAGAGCCAGUAUUAUUGUUGGUUCCAUAAGCUUUUUCAUAGGAGCUGUCCUGAAUGCUGCAGCCAAGAACAUUGCAAUGUUGCUAAUUGGUCGUAUCCUUCUUGGUGUGGGCAUUGGAUUUGGUAACCAAGCCGUUCCAUUGUAUCUAUCAGAAAUGGCUCCUGCAAAAGUCCGAGGAGCAGUGAACCAACUAUUUCAAUUAACAACUUGCUUGGGAAUUUUGAUUGCUAACCUUGUAAAUUAUGCUACUGAGAAAAUUCAUCCAUGGGGAUGGAGAUUAUCUCUUGGUUUAGCUACUGUCCCGGCAACUGUUAUGUUCAUUGGUGGUUUGUUGUGUCCCGAGACACCUAACAGUCUUGUAGAACAAGGCAAAAUGGAUGAGGGAAGAAAGGUAUUGGAGAGAGUUAGGGGUACCCCUAAUGUUGAUGCUGAAUUUGAAGAUCUUAUUGAAGCCAGCAGAGAAGCACAGGCCAUCAAGAACCCAUUUCAGAACCUCCUACUUAAAAAGAACAGGCCUCAAUUUAUAAUUGGUGCCUUGGCUAUCCCUGCAUUCCAACAGCUUACUGGCAAUAACUCCAUCCUCUUCUAUGCACCCGUUAUUUUCCAAACUUUGGGCUUUGGCUCUGGGGCUUCGCUAUAUUCAUCUGUUAUUACUAGUGUAGCACUUGUUCUUGCCACGUUGAUCUCAAUGUUUUAUGUUGACAAGUUUGGAAGGAGAGCUUUCUUUUUGGAAGCUGGUGCUGAAAUGUUCUGCUGCAUGGUUGCUACAGCAGUUGUUUUGGCUCUUGAGUUUGGUAAAGGGAAAGAGCUGUCAUUUGGUGUUAGUAUCUUCCUUGUUGUGGUGAUUUUCUUAUUUGUCUUAGCAUAUGGAAGAUCUUGGGGUCCUCUGGGGUGGUUGGUUCCAAGUGAGCUAUUCCCAUUAGAGAUAAGGUCAGCUGCGCAGAGUGUUGUGGUGUGUGUUAACAUGAUCUUCACUGCAAUUGUGGCACAAUUCUUCCUCGUAUCACUUUGCCACCUUAAAUAUGGAAUCUUCUUGCUGUUUGGGGGCUUGAUUGUCGUCAUGAGCUGCUUUGUCUUCUUUCUCUUGCCGGAAACAAAGCAAGUUCCCAUUGAGGAGAUUUAUCUUCUAUUUGAGCAGCACUGGUUCUGGAAGAAAAUUGUAGCAGAUGAAAAUCAAGAUAGAUCAAAUGGACAUGCAUAA